UAAGCUGAUCAAGUCUUUCCGAAGAUAUCUUCAGCAUCAAAGACAACCAAGCGCACAGAUAGACCUCCCGAACUACCAUCAUCAUGGCCUCCAACGAAGUUGAUCCCCACGGCGGCGUCCCCGCUGCUUCCGAUCGUCCGGCCUUCAUCCCCCUCGAAGCCAACCCCGAACUCAUGACCAGCCUCCUCCAUAAGCUCGGUCUCUCGACAUCCCUCCAGGUUCACGACGUCUACUCCCUCACCGACCCAGACAUGCUCGCCUUCAUCCCGCGCCCUGCCCUGGCUCUGCUGAUGGUCUUCCCCGUCUCGGCCGCCUACGAAUCGGCUCGCCUCGCUGAGGACUCUCUCCUCGAAGACUAUUCAGGCAAGGGCCCGCUAGAGCCUGUUCUCUGGUUUCGCCAGACAAUCCGCAACGCCUGCGGUCUGAUGGGUCUGCUCCAUGCGGCCAUCAACGGGCCGGCCCGCCAGCUUGUGGAAGACGGUUCGACUCUGGACAAAAUCAUCAAGGAUGCGACACCGCUGGAUCCCGUUGCGAGGGCAAGAGUGCUGGAAACGAACUCUGAGCUGGCUAAUGCCCACAAGAGCGCGGCGACCCAGGGCGAUACCGAAGCACCGGCCGCUACAGACGAGGUCGAUCUGCACUAUGUCUGCUUCGUCAAGACCGAGGAUGGAGGCUUGUGGGAGCUAGACGGACGCAGAAAGGGACCUCUGAAGAGGGGUGAACUUGGCAAGGACGAUGAUGUCCUGAGCCAAGCGGCGUUGACGCUUGGACCGCUCAAGUUCCUAGAGAGAGGGGGCGGCGAUUUGAGGUUCAGCUGUGUGGCACUUGCCAGCAGCUUCGAUUAGAGAGUGGGUGGAAGAGAUGCGCAUCUCCUGCUCGAGUCGUUGGAAGACGCGAAAUAAGCCCUUACACCAGCAUUCCGCCUUGCCUUGUGUUGUAGAACCAGCUCAAGGGACAAAAAGGGUUGAUUAUCAGCAAGCG